AUGCCAGCUCCCUCAAAUCCAGCAAAGGCCUGCAAGGGCAAGAACAACAAGAGGGCACCCAAAUCGAAGACAAAGUCUCCACCAAAGCUUUCCGCCAAUGACUAUGCUCGUCUCCAAAAGGCGUCCGUCGAGAAGAAGAAACAAUAUGGGAAGUCAGAGAACACGAAUAGCAAUUACUGCGGACAGGUCAAGCGGGGGCAGGAGUUUGUAGCUCGAUUUUCGGUAGAGCAAGCAGAGGCAGAAAAGCGGUGGCAGGAAGAAGGGGAUGAAGUAUUGUCGGGUGAUGAUGACGAGGAUGAGAUACACGAGGACGGACCAGCGAAGUUGGACCCCAACUUCCACAAGGCCUUCGACGGCUCCCCCAUUGAAUGCACGCCGCUCGCAAUCUCCAUGUUUAUGACACACAAGUGCUUCACAGAGAAUAGAAAGGCAUCCACGGCCAUCUCAAUUCACGCUGCGUUUACACGAUACUAUGACCAAAUGGCGAACGACAUGUAUCGUGGACGUUGGCACUUCAAUGACGCCCGCCAGAGAUGGGAGGGCAAUCCUACUCGCUCAGCAGAGGUUGAAGACAUGCUUGAUGCCUGCAAAAACAAGGAUGGCGAGGGUGAGCGGCAUCAUUCCCGAGCCAUGUCGCUUGCAGAUGUGCAAGCUUUGUUUGCACAUUCAGAGAAAACCUGUCCUUCCGACCUCGAGAUCACAGAUCAGAAGACGCUUGCGUUAAAGGCUGGCCAUUUGUUUAACAUAGCGUUCGCAAGCUUCAGCUGGUUGAUCUGGACUCGUGUGAAUGAGGCAGCUAGUCUCCAGGCUAAACACGUUGAUUUUGCGCCGCCGCCAAAGCCAGGUAAACCUCAUCUGCCAUAUGUCAAGUUCAAUCUGCGAAAUCGUAAGAACUGGCAAAAAAAAUCAAAGAAUGGAGAGAACGGACUCAACGGGCAUACCUACAAUGUCUACCCACAGCCGAAUAACCCCGCCAUUGAUCUUUACACACACGUUUGGAAAUGGAAGGAAUUUUAUGAAACUCGGCUUCUUGGCAGGAAGCUACAGCCAAAUGACUACAUUUUCCCGUCCUUUGGUGUGAAUGGGCUGGUUGCACACCCACAUGUACCCAUAUCCUCUGACCUUAUUCAAAAGAGGAUCAACGAAUGGACUGCGGCGGCAGGAAUCAGGGGGGCAGGACACUUCACGACCCACUGCUUCCGGCGCGGAGGUGCGCAAUACCGCUUUAUGUUUGCACCAAUUGGACAGCGUUGGACGUUGGCUCGGAUUCGUUGGUGGGGAGGGUGGGCGAUUGGCGAACACCGUGAUACAUUAAUACGAUACCUGCUCGAUGAGUUAUAUACGUACGAGGAGGAUCACAGUGACGCCCUCUGUCCUGUUGACUAUGAAGCCAGCAUGUCCCACAUGGGUGAGACUGGGGAAACACAGCCUCUAACAGCUGCAGAAGGAAUGGAACUAUUCGCCGCGCAGUCUGCAGAGCAGCGCAGGAUGUACGAAGAGAUUCGAAGCUUAAUUAGCGAACGUCCUCAGGUCAUGCCUUUAAAACAGCCUGUACCGCCGCCCACGUCCUAUGGAUGUUUUAUCAACCAUGGUACUCAAUCCGGCGACCAUGUUAACUACCUACCCAUGCCAACACAAGCACCCCCUUUUGUCUCACGUAGCACCUACCCUACAGCUGGGACUGGCUAUGCGGCUGUACUUCCACUCCAGAGCUCCUCGGUGACGAAUGUUAUCGCAAGCGGCGCAGGCUGUCCCCUUCCCGUUGAGCCAUCUGCAGUCGUGCCAGAGAUCAGCCGCAAAUUGGGAGCGACUGCCUGGAAGCAAGUUGUGCGCGACUGGGAGUAUCCUGACCCCAGUCGUAACCACCACACGGCUCUCGAACAUUGGAAACAUGAGUGGCACGCUUCCAAUCGCCAAAGCCAGUUAUGGGGUCAGCGGCGAACAAUUGCGCUGGAGUUCAUUGAAGAAUUUGGGCGAGACGAAGCCUCAUUCCUUGGGGCGUACCCAGAACAUAAGGAUGGCAUCACGGCUCUCUUGCACGCAAUCCGGGCCAAAGGGCAGGCGGAAGGUAAGAUUCUGAGCCGCAACCGCCGCAAGAACACUGCGAAGUAG